GCGGAGCAUGCCGUGGUGCACGGCAGUACCAGGCAGGGCCACGGGUACGCAGCGCUGUGCGUACCGGGUGCGUGUGUGUGUCCAGGGCGUGUUCGCACACGAGCCCGCGCUCCCGGGGCCGCCCCGCCCCGCUGGGGCCGUGUGGACGCGGGGGGCGGAGCGGGGCCGAGCCGAGCCGAGCCGAGCCGAGCCGAGCCCCGACGCUAGCCUCUCCAGCGCGCAGUGAGCGGCGGCAGUGGUCUGCCUGCGUGUCUCCCUCCCCACGGCAGCGCUCGGCCCGUAGCACCACCGGCGGCAGGGCGAGAGCACGCGUCUCCCUCCCCAGUUGCAGCACGGCCGGCCACGCCGUCGGGGGGCUGCGAGCGCGGCGCUCGCCGAGCCAGGCACCGGCCAUGAUCCGCGCGCUGCUCCUGCUGCUGUGCAGUCCUGCUGUGGGCACUGGGCGCCCGCCACCCCCUGCCACCCCCCGCCUCAAACUGACCUUCCCAGAGCUGCAGGCCCGCCACGGGCUGCGCAUCUAUGAGCUGGAGCGCUCGUGCUGCUAUGACGUGCUGCUGCUGGACGAGGAGCGCGGUCGCCUCUUUGUGGGGGCCAAGAACCACCUGGUGUCACUGAGCCUCGACAACAUCAGCCAGCAGGACAGGAAGAUCUACUGGCCAGCGCCUGUGGAGUGGAGGGAAGAGUGUAACUGGGCCGGCAAGGACAUCAAUACCGAGUGCAUGAACUUCGUGAAGAUCCUGCACUCCUUCAACCGGACCCAUCUGUAUGCCUGUGGCACGGGUGCCUUCCACCCCACCUGUGCUUUUGUGGAGGUCGGCCAGCACACAGAGGACUCUGUCUUCAAACUGGACCUGCGGCGUGCUGAGGAUGGCAAGGGGAAGAGUCCGUAUGACCCUCGGCAUGCAGCUGCCUCCGUUCUAGUGGGUGAGGAGCUCUACUCCGGGGUGGCCACCGAUCUGAUGGGUCGUGACUUUACCAUCUUCCGCAGCCUGGGCUCGCGCCCAUCCAUCCGCACCGAGCAGCACGACUCCCGCUGGCUCAACGAGCCCAAGUUCGUAGAUGUUUUUUGGGUGCCUGAGAGCGAGAACCCUGAUGAUGACAAGAUCUACUUCUUCUUCCGCGAGACGGCAGUGGAAAGGCAGCAGGGGCUGGGCAAGACCAGCUUUGCCCGCAUUGGCCAGAUCUGCAGGAAUGACGUGGGUGGGCAGCGGAGCCUGGUGAACAAGUGGACGACGUUCCUGAAGGCCCGACUGGUGUGCUCUGUGCCAGGCACUGAUGGUGCAGACACCCACUUCGACGAGCUCCGUGACGUCUUCCUGCUGCAAACAAGGGACAAGCGCAACCCCCUGGUCUAUGCCAUCUUCUCUACCUCCAGCUCCGUUUUCCAGGGCUCAGCCGUCUGUGUCUAUACCAUGGCUGACAUCCGCCGGGCUUUCCUGGGGCCCUUUGCGCACAAAGAGGGCCCCAACUACCAGUGGGUGUCGUACCAGGCUCGUGUGCCGUACCCCCGCCCGGGUAUGUGCCCUAGCAAAACAUUCGGCACCUUCAGCUCCACCAAGGACUUCCCGGAUGAGGUGAUCCAGUUCGCCCGGCACCAUCCACUCAUGUACAACCCGGUGCUACCUCACGGCCAGCGCCCCCUCUUCCUCCAGGCCAACACGCCCCACACUUUCACCCGCAUCGCUGUGGACCGGGUCACAGCUGCUGAUGGCCACUACGACGUCCUCUUCAUUGGCACAGAUGUGGGAACGGUGCUGAAGGUGGUCUCGGUGCCCAAGGAGAGCUGGCACAACAUGGAGGAAUUGCUGCUGGAGGAGCUUCAGAUCUUCCAGGACUCAUCCCCUAUCACCAGCCUGCAGAUCUCCUCAAAGCGGCAACAGCUCUACACUGGCUCAGCCACAGCUGUGGCCCAGCUGCCCCUGCACCGCUGCAGCAUCUAUGGCAAAGCCUGCGCAGAGUGCUGUCUGGCCCGGGACCCCUACUGCGCAUGGGACGGCAACUCCUGCACCCGCUACGUGCCCAACACCAAAAGGCGUUUCCGCCGGCAGGACGUCCGCAACGGUGACCCCAACAUGCUCUGCUCUGAAGAUCCCCAGCUGGGCAGCGUGCCCCAGAAGAAGCUGUAUGGGGUAGAGGGCAGUAGUGCCUUCCUGGAGUGUGUGCCCAAGUCCCUGCAAGCCCGAGUGCUCUGGACAUACCAGCGUGCCAGCGAUGCCCCCAAGCGAGAGGUGCAGCUGGACGAGCGGGUGGUGCGGACGGAGCGGGGCAUCCUGCUCCGCAGCGUGCAGCGCGCUGAUGCCGGCCUCUACCUCUGCCACGCCACCGAGCACGGCUUCACCCAGCCCUUGCUGCAGCUCUUGCUGGAGGUGAUCAGCGCCCAGCAGGCCCCAGGGCUGGCAUCCGCCGGUGCCACCGACCCUGCGGGGCCACCCGGCCGCAAGGUCUGGUACCAGGACUUCCUCCAGCUGGUGGACCACCCGCCCCUGGGGGCCAUGGACAAGGCGUGCGAGCGGCUCUGGAGCCGUGGGAGCCCCCUGGCCCGGAGGAGGCCCCUGCUGCCCCCUCCGCUGAGCGCCAAGGCCAGGCCCCCCAAGUGGAGGCAGGGCGAGGAGCCGCGCAAAGCCCGCAGCCGGCGCACGCAUGAGGCGCCGCGGGCCGAACGGGGCCCCCGCAACGCGUCGCCCUGGUGACACUGGGGCUGGCCCCGGGCGCCGGGCUCUGCCUAGGAGCGGGGCCCUGGGCCGGGCGUGCGGAGGCAGGGCCCCAGCGCUGGCACCAGCCAGGCCGCGGGCCACUCCGGAGCCGAACGGUGCCGGGGGUGAGGGGACCCGCGGGGGCUCCAGUUGCAGGGCGAGGAGAGCAGCCAGCCUGAAGAUCUCCGGUAGCUGCUCUGGGCUGCCUGUGUGGCCAGGCCGGGGGCCCCUGUGCCCCCGUGACCACCAGCUCCAAGCACCCACGGGCGACCGAGCCUGGGCACCACAGAACCACUGACGUAUUUAUUAACGACUGUUACUGAUGAAUGUAAACCCACCCGGGGGCGCGGGGGCGGGCACGGCCUGGCUGCACCCCGCGGGCAUGGUCAGAGGUGCCCGUGGCCAGAGCAGGAUGGGGCAGCAGGGUGCCACGGGGCUUCCAGGGUGCACGGGGUGGGGAGGGGCCCAGGAGAGGACAUGAGGGACCUGGGCACGCCUGGCUCAGCCUUCGCAGGCGCCUGUGCAAGGCAAAGAGGCACCCAAGGGAUUGGUGCCCCGCCGUGAGCAGGGACAAGGCGUUGCCCGGGGUGAUGGGCCCUGCGGGGCGGCUGGGCCAGGAGGAGAGGAGCCUGGGGGUGGGGGGGGCCCAGCACCCUGGGCAUGGCUGCGAGGGAGUACCACCGAGCCCCUGGGCUUGUACUAAUGGAACACAAUAAAGCAGAGGAUUCA